GCCGCCGCGGUGGUGGUGGAACCUCCAUCGCCGUUUCAUCUUUCAAGUCUCACCGAGUUGUAACAUGGCAGCCAAGUACAUCAUAGGCUCUCUGCUUGGGUCUUUUGCAGUUGCUUAUGCAUGCGAUGCAAUCAUUUCUGAUAAGAAAAUUUUUGGAGGUACCACCCCAGGAACUGUUUCAAAUAAAGAAUGGUGGGAGGAAACUGACAAGAAGUUCCAAGCAUGGCCUCGCACUGCAGGGCCUCCAGUCGUGAUGAACCCCAUUAGCCGCCAAAACUUUAUCGUGAAGCCCUCCGAAUCUUGAAGUUGAGAGUAUCUGUUUUGCUUCGCUGAAUGCUACCACUCUGCCUGCAUGAGUUAUUUGAUGGAACUGGUGUGACAAAGCACAAACUAAGAUGUUUGGAAAACUUUGGUGUGUUAAAAGGAUUCGUGGAACUUUGCAAUAGAUGGAAUUUGCUGCACAGGUGCAGAAUCACGAUCCAUGGUCAUCAUAUUUAAACUGUCAGAAUCUACCAUCUGAAAUGUUUUACUUUACACCAACUAUAUUUGAUAAUGAGUUGUUUAUUCACUUGAUGAGAAUGAACUUUAGGAGAUGCUCAAACUUUUGAAUCUUUGUUCUAUUUGCGUA